GCUUCUCAGAAGAAAGAUGUGAAGAGCGUUCCUUCCCUUGAACCGGAAGUCCUUUCUGUUUUCGUACCUCCGUUUAUCAGCAAGCAGGAAUUGGAAACAACACAUAUAAACAGUAAUGCAUUCAAUAAAGCCAAGCGUCGCUCCUUUAGAAAGAAGAAAGAGAAAAAUAAGAUUGAAAACACAAGAAUUCUGAACGGAGGAAGCCAGAAGGCUCCUGAGACUGAAGAUAUUACUAUUCCUAAAGAUGUUGACCUUAAUGGAUUGCCACAGCUUUGCUUUCCAGGAGGAUUUCACAUAACGGGUGAAUCCAGGGAAGACCAGUUCCAUUUUCUGGUUUUCACGGAUGUCUUUGGCAACAGAACGUAUGGCGUAGUUGCACAGUAUUACCAGCCUAUGCAA